AUGGAGGACCUGGGAGCUCGAGCUUUGAGUUGUGGAAACUUUUCGGGCGAGAAAAUUGCAUUUAUAGGCUCGUCUUCCUCCCGGCCACACACGGAAUCCACAGGCACCUCGACGAUGCCAAGAGGCAAGAAACUGUCUGAGAAGGAGAUUGGACGGUGGCCUGCCAAAAGCACCGAUUUAAACCCAAUUGAGAAUGUCUGGGGCCAACUAGCCUGGUCGGUCUACGAAGGAGGACGUCAAUUCGACACCAGGGACGAGCUGAAGACUCCGAUCAAACGAAGCUGGCCGCAACUCAGCAGAGCUAUCUACAAGGUCUCGUCAAAGGUAUGCCAACGCGGAUGGCGCAAGUAG